CUGAAGCUGAAGGCACUCGAACGGAAGCUAUGCCAGCUGCAGACUCACACGCACGAUAGAAUCUGAGGAACAGUGCGACCUCCAAGAUGAGCGCACCUGCACCCGCUGUCGAUACCUUCGCGGACAGCGGCGAUGUUGCUGCUAACCAGAGGCAGGCGGCGUCUGGCUCAACUAGCUCUGGUGCGCCAGCUGGGCCGGUCUCGAUGAUCCUCCGAAUCAAGCGCAAAAGAGGAACAGAGCCGGCAGAUGCGCUGUAUAUCGAAGGGCAGCUGCGUGGCGCGCACGAUGAGUUGGAUGAUGGACAUCAUCUCAAGCGCCGCUCAUCAGUGCGGCUGCCGGCCUCUCCAUCUUUGGAAAGGCUGCCUAGCACACCCCAGGCUCCAGACUCCAACCGAGCUUCGCCGUUUGAUGUAAGUGCAUCAAAGCAACAGCAAACGCCAGGAUAUUUUCGCUUCGCCGAGACGAUGGCGACAACGAGCAAGGCAGACGAGCUGGAGUUGCGAAAGCGAGUCACCAAGCUGCAGAUGAUGCGCAGGAAUGCGCAGCAGAGGCCAGCAUCGGCUACGCCAACACCCUCGGAGGGAAGCGAUUCGUACCAAAGCCAAUCGGACAGCGGCGAGCUCGCUGCUUUGCGCCGAUACAAAGCUGUUGUUCGAGCAAAGGACAUAUCGAUAACAAAGUCAAUGUCAGCACCGGCAUCAGGCUCGGCUACAGCAGCUGCAGCGGGUGGUAGCUAUCACCGGCGCAGUGCCUUGCUCAAACGCAGUGGCUCCGACGCAUCGUUGCGGAGAAAAGCUGCGGUAAUUGGCGACAUUAGACAAGCGUCUGAAGGCCGGGGCAAGCGCGAGAUAGUUCCUGGUGCUGCGACAGCUGCGGCGUGGAUCUCGCAGAGCCGUGCAAAGUCCAAGAGGCAACAGGCCCGGAUCAUUGACAUUGUGGUGCAAGAAGAGAAAGCGGCACAGGAUGCUGCGAGACAGAGCAAGGCAGCCAAGAGCAAAAGGAAGGAGAAGAAAAAGCAGGCUGAUCCUGUCGACAGCCUGGGCGAUGUCUUCAAAAACAUGCUUGUCGACCAUUUGAGAGCCAAGAAUGCAGAAGUGCCAAAUGAUCUCAGGGACGAUGAUCUCUCAUCUGAAAUGCCCUCUGAGGCGGAAUCGGAUGAUCAGGAAGAUGAUGAUGACGACUACGUUUACGACAUUUACUAUCGUGAAAUUCCUGCAGCCAUGCCAUCUCGAGCCUCCGCGAAUGGUGCUGCUGAAGUUGGGCUGAGACCAAGUCAUGUCGCCGGCAGCGGCUACCUUCAGCCCAACGAAGAAGAAGUGAACGAUCAAGCAGCUCCAGCCGGCUCGCCUGCUGCAGUUGCAGCUGCAGAUGCUGCAGCAUCUGCAUCGUCUACGGCUGGACCCAAAGGCAGUACAGUUUUCCCCACGUCCAGACCUCCCUUGCCUCUGCUAGGCAUCCAAGGGGUGCAGUCAAUUGCAGCGCUGAAUGUCUCGAGCCUUAGCCGCGCAGAUUGGGAGGAGCUCAUGAUGCUACCGUCCACCAAGCUCGACGGCGUGGGAGGUGUCUAUGCGGACGAAGAUGAUGAGGACGGCGACCUGGAAGAACUAGUGGAUGAAGAGAUGGUCGGCAGCAAGUUGGGUUUGGGCGCUAAGCCUGGUGAUGGGUUCGACAGCUGGGACGAAGGUGAAGAUGAGGACUCGAAUGACGAGGAUUUCUACAGGAACGACUAUCCCGAACAGGAAAUCAGCGACGAUGACGAGUUUGGACUCGGACACGAAUACAGGAGAGACAGCGAUGACGGCGACGAUUGGUGAACUAAAUUCGGGCGCCCUAGGCACUGCAAAUAACGUGCAAUCACACUGUAGCAUACACAACCCUCUACUUGAGAUCGGGACUUUCCUCCGUGAUGGCGUCCCAUGCGGACAACAAGCUUGCAUAAGACCAUGUAAGCUCCCUCGCCCCUCGCA